GCAAUGAUCUGCAGCCAGAGCCAGCCAACCGAGCACACAUCUUGUUAUCUCCUUAGAGUGCUCGAUCUCUUUAAUUAGUAGCACUGAACAGUGAACACCAGUGCAGUUUAAGCCACAGCUAGCUGAAGAAGAAGACGAAGAAGGAAGAGGAGGAGAGGAGGGUUGAGCUAGCUCUAGAUCAGCAAUGGCGAAGCCGCAGCAGGAGGUCUACUUCGUGUUCAUGAACUUCGACCCUGUCUAUGAGCGCCUCAGAGCUGACCGCUGCAGGUCCAAGGAGGGGUCGGCCACGCUGGACGCCUACCUGAGCCACAAGCACGACAAGCUCCUCGCCAAGCUCCUGCAGCCGGACACCUACCGGAAGAAGUCGUCUCUCGCCAUCGUCGACGGCUUCGCCGUCGAGAUAACCGAUGCUCAGGCGAGCAUACUGAGGUUGGCGAAGGAAGUGAGGGUGGUGGAGAAGAACCAGGAGCUUGCUUGAUCGAUAUGACCGGUCAAAUUGAUAGAGAUUAUUACACAUAUAUAUAAUACAUAUGUGUGUGCCAAUCAAUCAACUACUAGAUGCUUAAUUUAAUUUGGCAUCAGCUAUAUAUGGCUAUAUAUGUAGCUAUAUAUAUAGCAGUAAAUGGUUGCAGUUAAUUACUAAUUAAUUAAGCUAAAUUGAAGGAGUUGAUCGAUCGAGUCAAUUGCCUUUGCUGCAUGUGUCGGUGUGUGUGUGACAGUGUGAGCUCCCAUAUAUAUAUUAUGGAUUUGUUGACUCCAUUGUCAAGCAUAGCUGCUAGUAUGUGUAUAUUAAUACUGCUUAGCAGUGAUAAUAAUAAAUUAAUAUAUGUAGUUCUUAGGUUCUAAUUAUUGUCAGAGGACGACGACUUCUAGCUAUGUCCAACCUAGCAAUGUAAUGGUUAAUUCUGCAUGGUUUUGUUCAAAACCUAUUUGUAUUAGUAGUAUAAAUUAUAGCUACUACGACUCAUCAUAUAUGUGUGCUAUGCUGCAUUCUGCCGCUCUAA